AUGUUCGCAUACACAAUUACCGACUUUAUUAGCUUUGUUAAAAGUAAUUUCCUCUUGAUUAUCUCUCUAACGGUUGUUACUUAUGUGAUACAGUAUUACGUAAACUAUUUUAAUCGAUCCUCGAGAAUUCCCGGACCAUUUCCCCUGCCAUUUAUUGGAAAUUUACAUCAAAUUGGUGGCGACCUUUCAUCUGCGGCAAACCUAUUUCAAAAAAGAUAUGGAGAUUUGUACGAAUUUUACAUGGGAAAUAAACGUAUAAUUGUAAUUAGUAGACCGGAUUUGGUCGAAAAGGUUUGGGGACCUUUGUCGCUUAAAAGUACAAGAUUUAUCAUGCGCAAUCCAUUUUCUGAAGGUCUUGAUGAGCUUGGAUUAGGCACAAAAGGAAUGGUGUUCAAUCGUGACAUUGAAAGUUGGAACAUGAAUAGAAAGUUGCUAGUUCCUUCUAUCUCUUCACCACCAUUUCUACGCGAAUCGAUUAAAUUAUGCAGUGAAAUCAUUGAUGAGGUUUUCGAAUGUUGGAAAAUCAUGGGAGAAGGAGCGCAAGUGGAAUUUUCUGACUGGAUAGACGCUUUAACAGCUGAUGUUGUUAUUAGGACUGCAACGGGAAAAAAGGUGUCCUCGAUAACGAAAUUGUUCGAUAGUUUGAAUAUUAAAGAAAAAUUGGAAAUGCAAGGGGUUUGGCAAGACGGUACUGACUUUAUUCAAGCGAUUCAUACAUAUAAUGAAUCCAUGGGUUUUAUGAUGUUACUUCCAACGUUCUUUCGAAGAAAUUUUCCCGGAAUCGGAAAACUGAAUAAAAAAUUCUUGGAUAAUAGAGAUUGGAUAAUUAAGGAGUUGGAUAAAAUGGUCGCAGAAAGAAGAAGAGAAAUUGAAAGCAUACCGUUGGAUCAACCUCUCGAACAAACUAUUUUAACUUUACUACUCGUCACGAAUACCGAAAGGGAUUCGAAGAAAAAUUCAUCUAGUAAAUUAGAUAGGCCUUUAACAAACGAGGAAAUAAUUCCAAUAAUACGCGAAGUGUUUACUGGUGGAUUGGAUACUACAGCAAAUACUUUAUCGUUCAUCGGUUUUUAUAUUGCCAAACAUCGGGAUGUUUAUUUGAAAAUGAGAAAGGAGGUAUUGGAUGUUUAUGGCACACUAGAUAAUCCUAAUAUUACAUUCGAAUCUUAUGGGAAACUCAAGUAUAUUGAAGCCGUCAUUAACGAAAGCAUCCGUAUUUUUCCUACCGUAUCAAUAAUCGCUCGUACCUCGGUCGAAGAGGAGGAAUUUGACGGGUUCACCAUUCAGCCCGAUACAGCCAUCUAUACGGAUUUUAAAGCUUUGGGCAAUGAUCCCAAGUACUUUAAAGAACCCGAAAUUUUUAAUCCUGACAGAUUCUUUAACGAUAAGGAGUCCAUAGGCAAAUACAGCCACCUGCCUUUUGGAAAUGGUGUACGCAUGUGUCCUGGCCGUUUAUGGGCGAUUGUUCAAAUGAAAACAUUUCUGGUUAAGCUUUUAUGUAAAUUUGAUAUCGAACCAGUUUGCGAAAACGAUAUUCCAAAAUACGUUUAUGCUACCGUAAAUCGACCUGUAGAUAUAAAACUACUUCUUAAGACCAGGAAGGAUUAA